AUUCAUCUAAAAUAGUUAAUAAUAAUAAUAACUAAUUUAUGAGCGACUCUAUUUAUGAGACAUUUGAUAUUAAUGAAAGUAAUAUUAACUUUCCCUAUUAAAAUAUUUCAAAUCUUAUAUGAAUUAUUAAUAUUGAAGACAAAUUGCGUGGUUUAGCAGCAUGUAAGCCCAGUUCUAAUAUGCACAUAAAUCAAAACCAUCAUAAAACAAUAAAAAUGUUUGAUAUGCAGUUAACUAUGAGUAUUAAGAAAUAAAAUGAUGAUUGAAUCAAUUCGUCUCUGUUAAACUUGUUAAACUUGUAGAGAGCGCUGAAUCAGUAUGGAUUCCGUAUAUAGACUGUUUUUGUACGGCUGAUCUGUGAUCUAAGAACGCAGGGAAUGCUAGGUAUUCUGUACAGAAAAAGAACUAUGUGUGUGGUGAGAUGGUGAGAUUAGCAGACAGAUACUUCGCAAGUUGAUAACGGAGAUAAAUAAAUACUGAGACAGACAGAUACGUGAUAAGUUUAAGUUACUUAUAAGGAAUCCGAGCGAAAAAUAUCGCAGAUUUUCCUUGAAAUAAUUCGCUCUACAUUGGCGAAAAAUGGAACGAAGAGUUGACUAUGGCGUGUGCGUCGAGUGCGAGAACUUUCUUAUGAGAGUCGCCCUGUGAAAUCAUGUUUUGGGAAUCGUCAUCUACUUAGCACAUCCUUCCGUAAAUAGGACAAUAAAGCUACAGGUUUGCUACAACCAGCGUGGGACUUAUGAGCGCGGGCGCGGGUCCGGCGCGCGGGCAUUGCGGCGCCGGCCUCCGUCCCCGCGACCAUCUGCCGCCAUGGUCUGCGACGACGGCUUGCACGCCUCAUCGCCCCACGCCCGCCGCAAAUCGCUACGCCGGCUCUCAUCCACGCGCGGUUUCAAACCGAGAAACCCAAACGAAUACGGAUGGAUACGCGUUUUUGACGGCCUCCAACCCUUCGCUGUUGACGCUCCAAGCAAACUCGUCAAGGUCUCCCUCAACACCACCGUCGAAGAAGUCAAUAAGAAACUGGGACUUGGAGAAGAACUGACCCUGUGGCUUCAGAUCGGUGGAGAAAAAUCGAGACGACUGGAACAAGAUGAAUAUCCUCUAAGGAUUCAGGAGCAUUUCUUAGUGACUUACGGCUGGAGCUCCGAAGCUAGAAGACAGAGAUUGGCAGUCGACCCUGAACUUCGGCAUUCUCUGCAAUGGUGUGCCGGCCCGGCCGAUCGCUCCGGUGGUGUCUUGAGAUCUGGGACCAUUCACAUUUUGAAAGGACACGUCUUCCCGCAAUGGAAACCAAGGCCAGCCCAUGUAAUCGGUUCUCGAUUACAUUCUUAUGGCUCUUCGUGGGAGAUGUUGGAGUUAAGCGGUGGAAGUAUCGAGCUUUGCCCUCCGAAAGCUCAAAAACUUGUGCUGUGCGUGAAACCCCGUUGCCUAGGCAACAACACGCUUGGAGAUGCUGCUCUGAAUCACAUAUUCCUUGGAUUCAACGCUGCUUGGGAAAGAAACAUGUGGUUCUGCUGGUUGAAGGAGGCAACCCAAAGCUCACAACCACCAAAUGUACUGGACCUCAGCGGCGGUGGCGGCCGGGCCACCCUCGGCGCUGCGCUGGCGCAACACGCAGCAGGAGACUUUGCCAUCAGGGUGCUGUCAAUGCGCACCAACGCGCUUUCCUCGCUGCCGCCCCAGCUGUGGUCUAUGCACGCACUGACGCAUCUGGACAUCAGUGACAAUCGCAUCACUGAUCUGCCUGAAGAGAUAUGCCAGCUGACGCACGGCGUUGGUGGCCGGGCCACCCUCGGCGCUGCGCUGGCGCAACACGCAGCAGGAGACUUUGCCAUCAUGGUGCUGUCAAUGCGCACCAACGCGCUCUCCUCGUUACCAUCACAGCUGUGGUCCAUGCACGCACUGAUGCAUCUGGACAUCAGUGACAACCGCAUCACUGAUCUGCCUGAAGAGAUAUGCCAGCUGACGCAAGGCCAUGGCGGCCGGGCCACCCUCAGCGCUGCGCUGGCGCAACAUGCAGCAGGAGAUUUUGCCAUUAGGGUACUGUCAAUGCGCACCAACGCACUCUCCUCGCUGCCGCCCCAGGUGUGGUCUAUGCACACACUGACGCAUCUGGACAUCAGUGACAAUCGCAUCACUGAUCUGCCUGAAGAAAUAUGCCAGCUGACGCAGUGA